AAAACGCUGGGACUGUAUGGAGGAGGAAAAAGAUCAGUAACAUGACUAACGGAACAGCCCCGAUGUAUUCAUAUUUCCACCUAUGAGAAUGCGGGCUAUGGUAAUUGUGAACAUGCUAAAGCGCAUUGUUUGAAGAAAAGAAAAAGGGGGAAAGCAGCGGCUCGAGCAGCAGUCAUUUGCAUCACAGUUACAGGGAGAGGGGAAAGUGAGAAUGGCCUGGAUGGGGAAGAGAAAAUCAGUCAUUGCAAUGAGUCUGAUAUUUGCAGUGUCUGUCUUUGUUGUUGCCAUCCAGUACACGGAGAAGCACCACCUCUUACUCCAGCCCUAUUUUCAACAGUCCUUUGGCAGCUACUGGGUGUUUUCACGACAUCCACAAAAAGCAAUAAAGCCCCAUACCGGGUACGUCAAAGUGCCAGAUAGGGAGCCCCUCAAGUUAAACUGUGAUGUCUGUAGCCUGGUGUCCAGCUCAGGACAGAUGUUGGGCAGAGGGGCAGGUGCUACUAUUGACCAGACUUCCUGUGUCUGGAGAAUGAACAACGCUCCUACUAAAGGAUUUGAAAAGGAUGUGGGCCGGAAGACUACAGUCCGGGUUGUAUCACACACCAGCGUUCCCCUGCUUUUACAGAAGCAGCAGUAUUUCUUUGGUGAGGCCAAUGAUACCAUCUACAUCAUCUGGGGCCCUUUGCGUAACAUGAGACAAGAUGGGCAAGGACUUGUUUACAACAUGUUGCGUCAAGUAGUGAAAAACUACCCCAGUGUCAAGAUCUUUGUGACUACAGAAGAGCGAAUGAACUAUUGCGACAAGGUGUUUAAAGAAGAGACAGGAAAAGACAGAAUACAGUCAGGAUCAUACCUGAGCACUGGUUGGUUCACACUUAUUCUAGCAAUGGACCUGUGUCGCGACAUUCAUGUGUAUGGCAUGAUAAACGAAACCUACUGCAGGAGUGAAGGCUACCCCAAUGUCCCGUACCACUACUAUGAAGCUGGCGGCAGAGAUGAAUGUGCGGAGUACCUGCUACAUGAGAGCGCUCCUUAUGGAGGUCACCGCUUUAUUACGGAAAAAGCUGUCUUUGCAAAAUGGGCCAAAACCCAUUCAAUUCACUUCUCACACCCUUCGUGGUCGGUCUUAUGACACCAGCCUUCUGGAAGGUCAAGAAAAUCACUGAUAAUUUGGUUUGGAUUUUUUUGCCUAAGUCCAAGAUUCCCAGAAAUGUUUGCCAAUGUAAUGUUCAUUUAACUGUACCAUUUUUUUUACUACUGUUUGAAUAAUGUGAUCUACACGUCUGAUGCCGUCUUCUGGUUCAUAAGACACAGCAAUCCAGAAAGUGGAUACUUUUUAAGGAGUUUCCACUAUAAUAAUGAAUGUCAAACAAGCCUCAAAGCAAGGAUAUGCAACCCGCUCAGUACUAAAAAAUAUCUAAUUUAAAAUGCUGUAUACAAUCAAGAAUCUCAAAGUAAUUCACUGAGUUCCUAUUGGUUUUAAUGUUGCUGCUUUUCGUUUUUUUAUCAAUACUCAUUUGUAUGUGAACUUUUGGUACAAAUCAAAUGCAUGUUUAGUUUUAUUUUUUUUUUUAAUGAUGUUGUAUGUAAUCUGGGCAAAGCAAUAUUUUAACAACUUAUAACAGUUUCUGAAAUUGUGAUAAAAAUAGAGGCUAAAAAAAAAACAAUUCAGAAAUUAUUUCUGAAAUGACUGUGAUGUGCAGUAGCCACUGUAUAUAAAUGUGGUGGUUACUGAGACCCUGACCACUGAAGAUGUUGCACGUCAUAUCACUGUAAAAAAAAUGCCCUAAUGGUGAUUCGUCUUGUGGUGCACCAGACACUGGCAGCGAGGACUGCCAGUCAAAAGAGGCAAUGCUUUUGGAAGAUGGCUAUUUUAGCUACUCAGUGUCUGGCACAACAAUCACACGCCUUCAUAGCUAUCACGCAUCACUACUUAAGCAAUGGCUACAUAUCUGAACUCUUGGCACAAUGUUGUACUUCUGGAUGUGCCAAUACCUGAGUGCCCGCUGCUCUGUCCUAGAGCAAGGACAUACCUAAUGCACACGUAUAUUUUCAGUAUUCUCAAUUGUUGGUCAGUAAAAUCGAAGGUGAUCGUCCUUCAUUAAGUGUGUAUCGCAGAACUGACCUAAUGUUUCGAGAAGCUGCUGCUGUCCCACUGUCAAGUCUGCCAUCAGUGUAUUAACAGUAUGACCUGCUCUUCUGUAUAAUGAAGGCCUAAGAAUCAGAUGAAGGUGCAGUCAUGGAAUAUCCCCAAAUGGCUGUGAACAGUGCAAGGUGAUGUAUGGUGUAGAAAAGCGUUAAAGGAUACCAGGCAAGCUGCCCGCUGCCCACAUUUCCAGAUAUCUGGCCCUUUCAGUUUGAUAUCCAGCAUGGUUGUUUGGCUAUAGUGAAACCGUUAUCCAAAUUUAGGUGUACAGUUGGCUAACUGACAGAUGUUUUCUGGCUACAUUCUCAUCUUUAAGGCCUUGUCAGGUUUUCACCUUGUGCUUCAUCUUUCAUGUUUCAUGGCCAGUGUGACCUAAACUGUGAUUUCUUCGACUCACAGUGAACUGUUUCACCUGUACUGUGUGGUCGGAUGCACACCACCAUAGCUUAGUAUCAACUCACUCUUCUCGUCUUUAACGUUGUUGCUUCUUCCACCACUGAUAACUUAAUGGUGCUUGUUUUCAGUUACCAUCCUACUUGUAACUUUUCAGAUUGUUCUUUUGAAACAGCGGCCAAAAAUUGAGUUUGUAUGCACUAAGUGUGGCAUUCUUGGGUAAACAGCCAGUCUCAGUAUUCUUAACAUCACUUUGAUUACAUGAAGGAGCUGAAGCAAAGGAAACAAAACAAGAAAUCAGCCCUGGUAUGAGCACCACUCCAUUGCAGGCCACACUCUCAUGCUCACUUGUACAGGUUCAUGUUAGAGUCACCAGUCACUGGGACGUGGGUGGAAACUGGAGAAACUGGAAAAACCAGUCCAGUAUCAGAAAAAGGGGCAGACUCUGUGAGAGAAUCACCAUGCUGGGAUGUGCCCAGAACUCCAUAUACGUAGUUGAGACCACAGCGCUAAACACUCUGACAUUAGGAAACCUUACAGCUUUAAUUAUCUUCCUCAUUUUAUUAAUAAUUUAAAGGAAUUUUUAAUGAAAAAUGAAACCUAAAAUAACAGAACAUUGUCAGAUCCGCUUAAUCUAAUUCAGGGUCAUGGAAGACCAGAGCUUUAUCCCAGCCAUAUCAGGAACCAAGUGGGAACCGGCCAAUCUAUUACAGCCGGGAUGUAACGGUAUGGAAAGAAACGCAGCAACACUUUUCUUUUGUUCCACCAUUGUGGUGCUGUGGAUAGCGUUGUGUGCCACCCGUUAUCACUUCAGCUCCUCACUACUGUGUUUCCAUCUUCUCCUGGUUUCUUUUGGGGACUCCAUUUUUGGUGUCACAGUCCAAAUCCCUGCUGAAUGGCACACUGUCUCACUGUGCAUGAAUGGACCCAGGGAUGAAUUGCACCUUCUGGGAUCUGGAGGAGCAGCGGCUGUAUUUAGAGGUCCUCCAAAAUUCUUAAGCUCAUGCAUUGUAAACUCAGGAACUUGGCUGAGAAACCUUAUAUUGGCCUUUGGAACCCAUAAUCAUAAAACUCCAGCAACUGGCCUCAUCACCAUAUCAAAAUGCGCUGCUCAGGCUCACAUUCCUCUUGUGUGGCGUCCUGCAGUAUGUCUUAAUCCUUAUUUAAUUCACAGCAACUCUGCCUCAGUGAUCGUGAAAGUAAAACUCGAUGCCAACCCUGCCCGUGGCUUCACAUUCGAAAGUCACACAUACGUUAACCUCGAAGCCGUACAUCCCAAGAAAUGAGCUGCCACUUCAGGCUCUCUGCAUUUCUGGCUUACGUCCCCAAAAUAUCAGGGACUCACUGAUUUGUCAAAUGUCAUCCUGAAAGAGUUCACAAUCUGAGAGCGCAUCAUCACAGCCACACGGGCAUCUUUCAGAGGAGCCAUACGUUUAUGGAGAUAGUGAGGCCUCAUGAAGCAACAUGGAUUUUUUUGACAGUCACAAAUUAAAAUCGAUAUUGUGAUUGAUGAAGAAGAAUGAGUUCAUUUCGCUUCUAACACAUUUCUUAUAGGUAUUAAUGGAAAAGUAGAGCAAAGUUGAAAGGCUAACUGUUGGCCUUAACCUUUUCGAGUCGCAUCAUUUUUUAUUCUUUACUUCAGUGGCUGCCUUGUCUGGUAGCUGUGGCCAUUCACCUCUGCUCAAUGGAUAAUGAGUGAGACGUUCUUAUCGGCAACAUCAUGCAGGGGCUACUCCUGGUGUGUGACGGGAGCGGAGCCGUCAUCGUUUUACGCUGAUCUCUGCCCAUAUCGACAUUUGACUGGGUCUGCUUGUGCGUUUAACACUUGUUAGUGAGAAUCUGAAAUAACGUGUGUCUUGUAGAUUGAAGCUCUGCCUUGUUGAUGUAAAUCCUAAUUACAGCAGACAGCGCCGUCUUCAGAAACUCUUCAGGCACCCAGCUCUUUUACGACACACGGUUUACUUCCACUCUUCUCUGAGAAGGGAUAUGAGGUGCCUGACAACUGUGAAUUGGAAUGAAUGGGUUUGCAAAAUUGAUAUGUGGAUGGAUACAACAUAAGGUACAAGUAAGGACAGAAACUGCGUGUUUUAGAGAAACAACUGAAUGAACCGCUCAGAGAAUAAUCAGCAGAGCUCCACACCUCACGGCUCAGCUGUCAGUGGUAAUGCAUUUUGUUUUUUCUAAUAUGCCUUAUUGAUUUUCCAACAAUAUCAAUCUUCCAUUCUUUCUGUAAACUGUCAUUCCCAAAUGCACAUUAAAGAGGAUAGUUAAUGGACGAUAAUAGCCUGACAUCUGCAUGUGUCAUUUGAACCAUUCGUAUCUGCGUCACCUUCCAGAACUUUGCACAUCUUCUCUAAUAUGGUUGUGCGUUUUCAUAACUUAAAUGUUUCUGCAGUUUUUUUUUUACUUCAUAGAGAAGUGCAUGGCAGCUGUCUACAUAAAGUAACAUUGUCAGAGCUGUCAACUCUAAUUCAGUAUCAUGGGACAGAUGUAUAUUGUUGUCGACCUACAGUAAUGCAAGUGCAAAUGAAAUGUUGGGGAAUAACAGGAAGAAACAAAAUAACAGGAGAACGAUGACGCUAUAAUAAAGAGUAAUCAGCCAUCACUUAGGGGGAAAUGUGCUCAAAAGAGAGGUCAGGCUGGAGCUCCAUGUCUCCUCCUGAAUGAGACACUUCCUUCCGGGCGCAGCCUGCUUUUAGAGCUCGUGGACCGCUAGGGGUGGGGGGGUCACUUGCCUUCAUUGGGUGUCUUUUCGGAGCUCUGGGUGGUAAAAGAGACAGGACAGCUAGCAGUUGCGCCCCCUGGUGUCCCAGGGUGGUAGUGAUUACCUUUGAUGAGCGCAGGAGGUUACUCUCUGACACUCGUGCAUGACAAUAUAUACAAACAUUUUAUAUACAUACAUACAUAAACUAUAUUUUGGGUUUUUUUUCCAAGUAACAUUAAUAAAGAAAAAAUACAUCAGUUUCGGACUACGUGAACAAAUCUGUGAUCAGUAAGUCAGGCAGUUUUUGUUUAGUUUUGCAAACAGUAACACUUAAGUUUAGGUAGUGCAAACAUGCAUCUAUUACUCAUUUCCUGUUAUGUUAGAAGAUUUUAACAAACACUUCUUUGGGUCUCCAGUAACAUUUAGAAAUCAUCAGUAAAGUGUUUCUUCACCUCUCCGAAGUGAGCGACUAACAAAGGUUCACUUUGGAGGGGUCUGAGGUGGCUGAACUGAGACACAUUUCUCUUGAUACUCCAUAUUUAGCAUAAGACCAGUAAAACCUUCACAUUAACAAGUCAUUUUAUCAUCAUGUCAAUAAGCCGCACUACUCGGAGAUGAAUAACCGAUCUACUGGUGUUUUAGAAGUGUUACAAAGACCAAAAGAGGCCCGUGUUGAGGUCUUGUUACAUAAGAGUAAAGGAGGAGUAGAUGCACGUGUGUAGUACCUAAACUAAUGUGUUACUUUAAAAACUUCUGAAUCUUAUAUAAGCCGACUACAGACAACUUUUGUAAAUGCUUAUUUGACUCAUCAGCAGAUGUCGACUAUUUAUGACAGCAGAGUCUGAAGACUUGUGAUCUUCCCCCAUCUCUGCCAGACAUUUUCGAGGUUCACCCAGGAUGACCAUCUUGUCCCUUCACGGGGGUGACAGGAGCAGACAUUUUUCCAUCCUGAUGCCAGACUCUUAUGACACUCAAGAGAGACGGUGAGCUUAUUCUAUCCCGACAUCACAGGAUAAUUUAAAACAUAAAUUCUGGGUUUGGGUUCUGACCCCAUUCCAGGUGCUGCCUGUGUUGCAUUAGCAUGUUCUCCCAUAUCGUCCUGGUUCCUUCUCCAGUUAUUCCAGUUUUCUUGCCACAUUCCCAUGACGCACAGGUUUGAUUAGGCCCUGACUCCAGAUUGCCACAGUGUUAGUGAGUGUGCCCUGCGAUGGCCUGGUGGUUCAGUUUAGUUCGCUCAAUCUGUGUUUGGUGUGGUGCUCCUCAUUUACGUCCAGACUGCACUAGCUAUGAAACACGGCAGUAAACACACACAGUGAAGCAGAAUGAGUCUCACUCAUUAACAUAAACUCAUUUUGACAACAUAAAAGCUGGUUAACAUUAAAACUGCCGCAAUAGGCUGAUGAUUAGUGCUGCCGCCUCGCAGUUAGGAGACCCGGGUUCGCUUCCUGGGUCCUCCCUGCGUGAAGUUUGCAUGUUCUC